CGAAACUCCACAAGCUGUCAGUCUCUUUCUAGUAAAACCAGACACCAAACAUAAAUUUCAUCAUCGUUCUUGCAAAAAAACCAUGCUUUUUUGUUUUGUCCAUUUGUCAACCGCACUCUUCAAUGGUACCAUCCCUUUCUCUCUCUAUAUAUGCACACAUCCCCCAUCUCAACCGCAAAAUUCAACAAACACAUCAUUAAAUACAUAAACCUUAGCUUCUUUUCUCAACAAUACACGAUGGCCGCGGCGGGUUUCCGCAGCGUCCACGAGUGCGCGUCGAUCGGGAGAGAGAACGACACCGUGGUGGCGGAUAUGGACGGGACGCUGCUGAGGGGGAGGAGCUCCUUCCCCUACUUCGCAUUGGUCGCCUUCGAGGCCGGCGGCGCUCUGCGGCUCCUCUUCCUGCUCCUGCUCUCGCCUAUCGCCGGAAUUCUCUACUACCUCAUUUCUGAGUCCGCCGGGAUCCGCGUGCUCAUCUUCGCCGCCUUCGCCGGAGUGCGCGUCUCCGACAUAGAAUCAGUAGCGCGCGCGGUGCUCCCUAAGUUCUACUCCGAGGACCUCCAUCCGGAGUCGUGGCGGGUGUUCUCCGCCUGCGGCAAGCGCUGCGUGCUGACGGCGAACCCCCGGAUCAUGGUGGAGGCAUUUCUCAAGGACUUUUUGGGCGCGGAUUUGGUGUUGGGGACUGAGGUGUCCACGUUUAGGGGGAGAGCCACCGGGUUUGUCAAGCCCCCGGGGGUUUUGGUCGGGAACAAUAAGGCGGCGGCGCUUAGGGCCGCCUUUGGUGAGGCGUCGCCGGAGAUCGGACUCGGCGACAGGCACACCGAUUUUCCCUUCAUGAGUUUAUGCAAGGAGGGUUACAUAGUGGCGGCAAAAGCACAAGUGAAGGCGGUGAGCGUUGAUAAGCUCCGGAAAGCGGUGAUAUUCCACGACGGGCGGCUGGUGCAGAAGCCGACGCCCUUCCUGGCUCUGCUGAUUAUAGUGUGGAUCCCGGUGGGGUUCCUCCUGGCGUGCCUCCGCAUCGCCGCCGGCGCCCUCCUCCCGAUGCCGCUGGUGUACUACGCCUUCUGGGCCCUGGGCGUCCGCGUGAGCGUGAAGGGGAGGCCUCCGCCGGCGGUGAGCAAGUCCUCGGGCAACUCGGGGGUGCUCUUCAUCUGCUCCCACCGCACCCUCCUGGACCCCAUCUUCCUCUCCACGGCACUGGGGCGCCCCAUCCCGGCCGUGACCUACUCCGUGUCCCGCCUCUCGGAGAUGAUCUCCCCGAUCAAGACCGUGCGGCUGAGCCGCGACCGCGCGACGGACGCGGCCAUGAUCAAGAAGCUGCUGCAGGAGGGGGACCUGGCCAUCUGCCCCGAGGGCACCACCUGCCGCGAGCCGUUCCUCCUCCGGUUCUCGUCCCUCUUCGCGGAGCUGACGGAUGAGCUGGUGCCGGUGGCGAUGGUGAACCGGAUGAGCAUGUUCCAUGGCACCACGGCGCGGGGCUGGAAGGGGAUGGACCCCUUCUACUUCUUCAUGAACCCUAGCCCCGCCUACGAGGUCACCUUCCUCAACAAGGUGCCGCGCCAGCUGACGCGCGGCGCCGGCAAGUCCAGCCACGAGGUGGCCAAUUACAUACAGCGGGUCAUCGCCGCCACUCUCUCCUACGAGUGCACGUCUUUUACCAGGAAGGACAAGUACACGGCGCUCGCCGGAAACGAUGGCACGGUGCCCGACCCCAAACCCAAACAACUCAUGGGCUGCUAGCUCAUUCAUUUUUCCAGCUCUACGUUUUAUUACUUAUACGCUCAAAUUCAACCAAAUAUUAAUUGGAAUACAGAAUAUAUAUAAAUGCUUCGUUUGCGUC